AUGGGGGGCAAAGGGCUAAACGAGAAGAUUCUAGGGUUUUGGAUGGGCAGAGUAAUCGUCUUGCAGCAGCAUUCUCUUCGGCAUUGUGAAGCAGUAGGGACAAGAUGCCGCGCCCUGGGAUUGCGCCUGGCGAGAAAUCUAGAACAUCAGCGGCAUUGUCUCGUAGAGUUCGAUGGCGACCAAGUUGGAGAUUCGUCUCAGGCAUUGCUUGUGGUGCUCAAAGCCCUCAAGGCGUGUAGCAGCGGCAGGGAUUUGGAAGCCGGCGAGAAGAUUUACAGGCGGCACAAAGUCUUUUGCUCGGAUUUGUUCGUGGCCACCGCGGCUGUGGACAUGUUUGCGAAGUGUGGGAGCUUAGAACAGGCACAGAUGAUCUUCGACAGCAUGGCUUUCCAUGACGUGGUGUCGUGGAAUGCCUUGAUCCAAGGCUACGUCUUACAUGGCAGAGAAGACUUUGCUCUCGAUCUCUUCUCGCAAAUCCAGACGUCUCGAGAAACCACACCGGAUUCUCGGACUUUCAUCGCGGCUUUGAUGGCAUGCUCGCAAAGAGCAGCGAAACAAGAAGAUGGCAAUGGUGGUGGAUCGAUCACCAAGGUUUCUUCACUCAGGAUUGGAGUGUCGCUUCACUCGCAAGUUGAAAAGGCUGGAUUUGAGUCCGAGGUUUUCGUAGCAAGCGCGCUGGUGGAUAUGUACUCGAGCUGUGGGAGCAUGGAGGAUGCUCGCAAGGUUUUCGACAAGAUCGCUCCAGCUCGCCGUGACGUCGUACUGUGGACCGGCUUGAUCAUGGGAUACGUUUCGAAUGCACAGGCCGACGACGCUCUCAAGCUCUUCGAGUUGAUGACCACCGGUUCAUCACCUUGCCGACCAAAUGCUCGAACUUUCGUCGCUGGACUCGCUGCCUGCGCGGGCUUAGCAGCAAAGGAAACAGCAAAGCUGGUCGAAGGAAGGCUUGUCAAAGUGGAGAGUCUUGCGAAAGGAUCGCGGUUUCACUCGGAAGCCAUAAAGCGUGGAUUCGGCUCCGACUUGUUCCUGGCCAACUGCGCGGUGGACAUGUACGCAAAGUGUGGAGCCAUAGCCAGAGCUCGCCAAGUUUUCGAUGGGAUGACUCGCCGGAGUGUAGUGUCGUGGACUUCGCUCAUGAUGGGAUACGUCGAGAAUGGCGAGCCAGAGCAGGCACUCGACGUCUUCCAGCUGAUGAAAAACGAGAGCCCCGAUCCUCCAAACGCUCGAAGCUACGUCGCUGCGUUGCUGGCCUGUUCUGUCUUGGCUUCGAGAGAGCAGGGCAGGAAGAUAACCGGUGGAAGCAUCGUGAAGCUGAGCAGUCUGGAAGCCGGGAUGAGUCUCCACUCUCAAGCUUCCAAGCAGGGAUUCAGUCGCGACGUCUUCGUCGCGAAUACUUUGAUCGACAUGUACGCCAAGUGUGGAAGCAUGCAAGACGCUUGCGCGGUGUUUCACGGGAUGACUCAACCGGACGUUGUCUCGUGGACGUCUUUGAUCCUGGGAUUCACUGCGAACGGACAGAGCAGGAUGGCCUUAGAGACGCUGUCCAAGAUGGAGGAGUGUGGAACUUGCGAGCCCAAUGCACGGACUUACGUAGCCGGGCUUGUGGCCUGCGGGAACUUAGGUACCGAGGACCGAAAGCUCGGCAUAGGAACGAGCUUUUGCUUGGAGAUGGGACGGGAGAUACACUCGCAGGUGGUGAGGAGAGGCUACGUCUCGGACGUGUUCGUGGUGAACAGCUUGAUCACCAUGUACUCCAAGUGUGGGAGCUUGUUCGAGGCUCGCCAAGUCUUCGACAGGAUCAAGAGCUCUGGUGAUGAGAAGCCGGAUCUAGUCUCCUGGAACGCGUUGAUAUCCGGCUACGUCGACAAUGGUGACGCCGAGGUUGCUCUGGAACUCUUCGCGCGGGUGGAGUCGCCGGACUCUCGGACUUUCGUCGCAGCUCUCUCGGCUUGCUGCGCCUUGGCCUCGAGAGAAACUGGAGAAGAAGCCGGGCUCAAGGUGAAGAGCCUGGAGAAAGGCAUGGCGAUACACUCCCAGGCCGUGAACAUUGGCGUCUCCUCGGACAUCUUCGUGAGCAACAGGCUGGUCGACAUGUACGCAAAGUGUGGGAGCAUGGCAGACUCGAGGAAAGUCUUCGACAGGAUGGCCGCCAAGAGCUCGGUGUCAUGGACGAGCUUGAUAUCCGGCUACGCGGACAACGGCCAGCCCGAGGUGGCUCUGGAGCUGUUUGAGAAGAUGGUCGCCGAGAAGAGCUGCGAGCCGGAUGCUCGGGCUUUCGUGGCUGUGCUCUCGGCACUCUCGGCUCUGGCAUCCACGGAAGCUGGAGAAACGAUCGAUGGCAAUGCCGUGAAAGUAGUCUCGCUGGAGAGAGGCCGAGCUCUCCACUCUCGAGCUCGAAGCUCCGGCGUGGAGCUGGAGAACGAUGGCUUCGCUGCCAACGCGCUCAUCGCCUUCUACUCCAAGUGUGGCAGCAUGAUCGAAGCUUGCGAAGCGUUUGAGGCGAUCGAUCGCCCGGACGUGGCGGCGUGGACGGUCCUCAUGCUCGGCUACUCGGACAACGGGCAGCCCGAGAUGGCGCUCGAGACGUUUGCUCGGAUGCGGUGCCGUACGCAACCCGAUACUUGGGCCAUGGCCGCCGUACUGGUGGCGUGUGGCCAGGCAGUGGCCCGGGAGGCCGGGAGGAGCGUCCAUGGCGAGAUUCACAGGAGAGAGGAGGCUGCGAAGUGCCCGAUCUUGGCGAAUUCGCUGCUGGAUUUCUAUGCAAAGUGUGGUGCGAUGGAUUGCGCGCAGCGGGUGUUUGAUUCGAUCGCGGAUUGGAGGGAUGUUGUGGCGUGGAAUUGCUUGAUCGCGGGCUAUGGGCGAUUGGGCGAUUCCGGGAAGGCGACGGAGGCGUUUGGGAGGAUGCGCGAGGAGGGGGUGAGACCGAGCGCGAUCACGUUUGUGUCGGUGCUCACGAUGUGUAGCCACUGUGGGCUGGUCGAGGAGGGAAGGAAGUGCUUGGAAUCCAUGGCGCCCAAGUUUGGCGUGCAUCCGACCGUCCAGCACUACACGUGUAUGGUGGAUCUGCUGGCCCGCGCGGAUCGCGUGGAAGAUGCCGUCUCGACGGUGGAUGCGAUGCCUUGCUACCCGGACGAGGUGACGUGGACGGCUGUGAUGGGCGCCAAAGCUCGAUUUGCUCGCUUCGUGGAAUCCCAGCUCGAGAGCUUCAAGGAGGAUUUGGUGUGGGAAAGCGUGAAGCAUCUCGAUGAUUUCAUGACGGGCAAGUUGCAAAAACACCAAAGGGAGAUCCUACGAAGCCUCAGGCCUCUAGAGGAUAGGAUGACGGCCAUGGAGGAAUCACUAAUGGCAAAAGACUUGAACCUGGAGAGAAGGUUGGCGGCCAUAGAGCAAUCCCUACGCACAGAGAAGGACCAGAUCAAGUAUAGCUUGAAUGAUGCCCAAAUGAACGUGGUAGACACCAUAGCAGAUACCAAAAUGGAGAUUGACGAAGCAUUGGAUGAUAUGGCCCAAAGGAUGGCCAAGCUCGAGAGGGCAUUAACGUUGAAGUCAUCGGAGAAAUGGUUGGCGGAUAAAGAUAACUUGGGCACUACUGUUGCAGAUAUCACAGAUGCUAUAGCACAGCUCAAGGAGAAGAUGGAAGAGCGAGACACUGAAAUUCUUUCACUAGUAGCAAGUGUGAAGAUCUCGGAUGAAGAACUCGUAGCAAAGUUUCAUAUUGGUCUCUCCAAUGUUCUUGCGCUAAAGGCACUGAUCUGCGCUUGA